UGAAUAUUAUGUACCCUCGAUUUAGAGUAUAGGGUCUAUGCAAUAUACAUUAUACAAUGCACAUAUAAAACACACUGGAGACGCAAUACGUAGUUGCAUAAUAGUACAAACUACAGAUAUUAUAGAACCAAACACCCGCUGCGCUAGUGCCAUCCCGGCUGCCUAUCAAUCUCUUUCUCAUCGGAUAUGUUCUCUCUUUUUCGUACCAAAACGAGCUAUGAUAUGGCCUCGGAAGCUGCUGUGAACGCAUCCGGCAGCAGUAAGCAUAGCAAACUCCCCGUACGUCCCUGGCCCUUCCUAGCGUCAGCCUCCAAGAACGCGUUACCUCGUAAGUCGUGCCCGGCUGUCUUACUUGCCAAUCCAAACUUUGCUGAUCAAUCAGGAAGACGAGUGUUUUCUUCGGGUGCGAAUGCCAAUGGCGCUCAAAUUGCGGCGAUGAGUCAGGCAAAAGCUUCUAACAAUCUCCCAGGGGACUAUGCUUUGUACCGGAACAAUAGCGAGAGUGACUCAGAACAGUCUAAUUGCAGCGUGGAGACCAGUCCCGCACACUCCCCUACGGUUAGUAUGAUGUUCAUGCAAGGAACGGAUCCCACAAACGAGAUCAGGCGUCAGGAAAGUAACACCCUGGCGGAGUAUGGUCUGGAUAUAACUGUCGGAAGUGGCAAGUACUAAAUGAGGUGUUAAACCACGCCACGUUAUACCUACCUUCCUUCACCUACAUAUCAUCCUGUACAGUUAACGAGGACUGAUUGAGGUGUCUCUAACUCGGAGACACAAGUAGAGCUCGCUCGAAUCACUCAAGUGUUGCAUCAUUGGAUCCCUGGUUCGUUCAUCACCUUUUGACCUACACUUGAAUGGGCGCUUAUCCCAAGAUGUACCCAGGCAAACGGCUUGAAUCCGGAUCCGAACCCGAUGCGCAUGUUUAUAAUUAUCGCAGCAUAUCUUGGCACAAACACCUUUGCCACUGUGUAAAGUUACCAAAUGCGCGAGUCUCCCCCAGCUACUUAACGCGCGGGACGAUGUAGAUAUGGUCUAUUGUCAAUUCAGCCGUCAAAACGACAGCGAUAUUACCAAGCGCAAUGAGAGAUAUCACCGAGUGCGACAAACCAAUUCUUGCACUCGGAACCCAAUGUAAAGUCAUGUCAAUAAAUCUUUAUAUUACUGAAA